AUGACUCGCCUGGCUACCAACGAUACCAGUAGUAUUCUCAUGGACGAUUCUAUACUCGGAAAAAUCACGCGUCUAGAUCUUGCCACUGGCGAUCUUGCAGUCGUCAUUCAAGACCCGCUCCUGACUGUCCAGAAUAAGACCAAUCUCGCCAUUGCCGUUAAUGGAAUCCAUACAUACGGUGACAAGCUCUAUUUCACAUCUCUGAACCAGGGGGUUUUUGGUCGCCUACCUAUCUCGAUGGUGACGGGCGAGCAGACAGGUGCGGCGGAGGUCAUUGCUGACGGACUUUUUGUUGCCGACGAUUUCGCGCUUUCCAGGGACGGUAAAAAGGCUUGGGUUGCUAUGAACACUGCUGACGUACUGGUUGAAGUUCAAAUCCCUGAAAAGACUAGUAGUGUCGUAGCUAAUUCAAGCCUAUUGGGUUCGGAGUCGGCUGUGGCAAUUGGCCUUGGCUAUCAAGAAGCAUCUGACCUAUACAUUACAACAGCUCAACCUGCCGGAAACUCUACCGUUGGUGGUAUUGUCAAGCUUGCAUUGGAUUAG